UUUGUUUCUCACAGAAUCACGAGUUCAAAUUACAGAAUUGGAGGGAAAACAACCCAUUCCCGUUUCUCCCAAAUCUCUGCGUCUCCGAUUCCGAUUUUCCCACUUCCGAAUCAAACCCUAACACCGAUCCGCAAACUCCAUGGCGGAAACCCUAAGCCCCAACCCAUUGGUGGGUCAGAAGCAGAGGUUCCGCAUUCAGUCCCCCACCAGCACCUUCUUCUUGGGCUCCAACAACGACCAGCUCGAGCGGGCCGAGGCCCGCGCGGCCCGCGCAGCCGCCAUCCGCCGCAAGAGCCUCGGCUUCAGCCAACCUCUUUUGGCCAACUCGGAUCCCUGCCUCAACAAACAGCAAAUCCUCGAUUUGUUCCAAAACUGCAUCAAACUAGCCAGCGAGAAUAAAAUUAAUCAGAAAAAUACAUGGGAGUUGAACCUGAUCGAUCACCUUACUGAUAUCAUCAAGGCCGAACAAGAAGAUGACUCGGAGACUAAUUUUCAAAAAGCAAGCUGCACUCUUGAGGCUGGAGUCAAAAUUUAUUCAUUAAGAGUAGAUUCAGUGCAUUCUGAGGCAUAUAAAGUUCUUGGUGGGAUGAAUAGAGCAGGCCAAGAAGCUGAGCAAGACGCUAGCCUGGAUGGUGCUAAUAUUGACAGUGGAGGAGAAGAAAGCAGGAAAGAAACAAACAAAAAGUUGUCACCUUUGUCAACAUUGGAAUCAUCUUUCGAAGCACUCAAUGUAAAGAAGUUUGACGCUGCAUUUGUCGUGGAUCCACUCUAUCGCCAGACAACAGCAAAAUUUGAUGAAGGUGGAGCCAAGGGUCUUUUAAUGAAUAAUCUUGGUGUAUACGGUGGAUGUAGGGUGCUCUUUGAUUCACUAGAAGUUCCUGCGAAGUGUAUGGCAAAACAAAAUCAAUCUGAUAUUUCAGAUACUAUCGAUCUUUCUUUUGUCAAAGAUUGUAUCGAGCAGAUGGUGUUGGACAUGCGUGUGAAGGAUGAAAUUUCUCCAACUCUGACGACUAUAGUAAACUUAUUUGAUGAAAGUAACAGAAGGCCCACUGAUGUUCAACAUCACGACAAUAAUUUAGCUGAAGAUCUCGACACUUCUUUUAAUAAUGAAAGUGGUUUUGACAGAGAAGAAUAUGAGAACAGCAAUGCCUGGAGUGACGAUCACGAUGACCAUAUGGUUGUUGCCGAUGUAGGCUAUAAUGAUGAUGCAGAUCCAAGUUUUCCCAAUUUCCCCCAGGACAGCGAUGGGCCAUUUCCCUCUCCAGACGCUGAUAUGGAUGACAGAUUUGACAGUGUUGACGGAUAUUUGUUUUUGAGUCUGGGUCUUAAUUCUAAGCAAAACGCAUGGGCAGGCCCAGAUCAUUGGAAGUAUCGUAAAUCCAAAGCCUCAGAGGUUCAUCCUACUUCCGAAGAUGGGUCGACCCUAAAAAGUAGGCAGCCAAAGAGUAAGAGACAGGCUGAAGUUGAAUUAAAUUUCACAAAUUCUCUUGAGAAGGAAAUGCUAGAUAUAUUUUCUUCUCCCAAGAAUCCCAAAUCGUUACUACUCCCCGAAAGCAAAUUGCCCUGCAAUACAAAACUUCCCGAGGACUGCCACUAUCAGCCAGAGGAUCUUGUCAAGUUGUUCCUUCUGUCUAAUGUGAAGUGUCUCGGGAGGAGGGCAAACAGGUUUCCAGACGGAGCUAGAGAACAAUCCAAUGAAUAUGAAUCAUUCCCUACUUGGGACAAUGGAAGUGUUGGUGGGGAUGACUUUGGUGACUACGGAGGUGAUCUUCAUAGUGAUGUGGAGGACUCCAACACUCUUAUUAGUCAGCCUCGCCAGGUCAAUAAAAUUGAAGUCCAGUAUGACAAGACUUCCAAACAAGUUGAUGUUCAUGCACUAAAAAUUACUAUUUGGGACCAUGUUCAAGAAUCUGUUAAACUUCCUUCACAGGGUCAAAAAGAUACCUUAUCUUUCAGGAAUAUGCUGGCGACCUUUCCUAGCGAAUGCAAUGCUGCUGCAACCGUUAGUGACAUCUCUCCUCACUUGUGCUUCAUAUGUCUAUUGCAUUUGGCAAACGAGAAAGGAUUGAGCAUUCAAAACUGCUCCAACUUAGAUGAUCUUACCAUAUUCCUUCCACACGUUGCUGACUCUGUAAGGGGCACAGUUUAGAUUCUUCUUCACUCAAUUAUUCGCUCAGGAAUCAAAAAAUGUUUUGAUGGGGACUUUGUUAAUGGUGUGAAACAUGUCCAAGAAAGCAUUGAAGUGAGUAACAGGUUGUUGAUUCUGGUUGGAGGUUGCAAAUAUUAAUUGGUAUUGGAGGUUUUCAGAUCUAUCAUGACAUCUUUGUCUUUGCCUACAUGAAAGUAUUCAAGGCUCUUAUUUUAUUAUCAACUCCAGCCCGUUUCAUGUGUGACUAAUGCUAGCGUUGUAUAAAUAAAGUCAAAGAUUGGUUGAUGACUUACUGAUUAUUGAAUCACACUUCCCUCUU